AUGUGGACAACAACAUGCGGCCUUCGGGGCAAGAAGCUCCACCUGGCCAUCACCUUCACCUCCGUCGUCGGUUUCUCACUGUUCGGUUAUGAUCAGGGUCUGAUGUCUGGUAUUAUCUCUGGCGACUCCUUCGUCAAGGAAUUCCCCAUCCUCGAUGGCGACUCUCUCCAUGUCUCUGUCUUGCAAGGUGCUGUCGUUUCCUGCUACGAGCUUGGCUGCUUCUUCGGUGCUAUCUUUACUCUCUGCUACGGUCAACGCAUCGGUCGUACUCCCCUGCUAGUCGGUGGUGGCGCCCUGAUGGUCAUUGGUACUGUGAUCUCCACUGCUACGUUCGGCCCUCAAUGGGGUCUGGGCCAGUUCGUUAUCGGUCGUGUUGUCUCGGGUCUUGGAAACGGUAUGGACACUGCUACCAUUCCCGUCUGGCAGUCCGAGUGUUCUCGUGCCCACAACCGUGGUUUCCUUGUCUGCUUUGAGGGUGCCAUUAUCGCUGUCGGCACCUUCAUCGCCUACUGGAUUGACUUCGGUCUCUCCUACGUUGAUUCCUCGGUCCAAUGGCGUUUCCCCAUUGCUUUCCAGAUCCUGUUCGCCCUGUUCGUCAUGGCCGGCGCUCUGAUGCUGCCCGAGUCCCCUCGUUGGUUCGUUGCGCGCGGUCACGACCAGGAGGCCCUCGAAGUUUUGGCCCACCUCAACGACAGUACUGUGGAUUCCGAGGACGUCCUCCAGGAUUAUAACCUCAUGAAAGCCGAUCUCAAGUCCCUCGAGGGCUCGCAGGCCACUUGGAGUACGCUCUUCACUUUUGGCAAGACCCAGGAAUUCCAGCGCAUGAUGAUCGGUUGCUCUGGUCAGUUCUUCCAGCAGUUCACCGGUUGCAAUGCCGCCAUUUACUACUCCACCCUUCUUUUCAAACAAAACUUGAACAUGACUGGCAAGCUCCCUCUGGUUCUCGGUGGUGUCUUCUCUACCGUUUACGCUCUUGCCACUAUUCCCUCCUUCUUCAUGAUUGAGAGAGUUGGACGUCGCAACCUUUUCUUGAUCGGCUUUGCUGGCCAGGGUCUCAGUUUCAUCAUCACCAUGGGCUGCCUGAUCGCCGACACCCCAGAGAGCGCCAAGGGUGCCGUCGUCGGUAUCUUCCUAUUCAUCUGCUUCUUCGCCUUCACCACCUUGCCUCUCCCCUGGAUCUAUCCCCCCGAAAUCAACCCUCUCCGCACUCGUACCAUGGCCGCCGCUGCUUCGACUUGCACCAACUGGAUCACCAACUUUGCUGUCGUCAUGUUCACUCCCAUUUUCUCCAACAGCAGUAAAUGGGGUCUCUACCUGUUCUUCGCUCUGGUUAACUUUGUCGGUAUUCCUUUCGCUUACUUCUUCUACGUUGAGACCGCCGGCCGUGAUCUGGAAGAGAUCGACCUUAUCUUCGCCAAGGCCCAUAUCGAAAAGAAGUGGCCCUUCCAAAUUGCCCAGGAGCUGCCCAAGCUCACUGUGCAGGAAAUCGGUCAGAUGUCAAUUGAUCUAGGCCUGGCUGCCCCCGAUCGCUCCGAGGCUGAGAAGGUUGAGAUUGCCACCAGCAGCAAUGAGGGUGAGGACAAGACCGCCUCUGAUUAA